UGUUGUUAUUGACAGAGAGAAAGAGGAGCGAGUUAUUAUCUUUUCUUCCUCUUCUUCUGUUAUGUGAUCCUUUGUUCACUACUGUCAUGUCUUCUGACAGUCAUUCAAGUGACGUAAAGCAUGUGAUCGAAGGUCAGGGUUAUCAAUUUUAUCACUCGAGACACUUCGUGACAUAUACAAGGGAAAUCAAAAUAAUAUGAACCUAAUUGAAAAAAAUCAUGUGAACGCUAAUAAUUUAAUUGCCGAAGAUGUUGCGACAGUCGGACUUGAAGAUGAUUAUUAUCUGAAAUAAAAUUGGUGAAUAAUGGUAAAAUACUAUACUUUUAACAAUGGAUAAUUAUACUUUGGAAAACUCUGUUAGUGCUUCAAUAGACAACCUGUAUCCAGCAUUAACACAAUGCUUCUUCAUCAUAAUCUGUGGGUACUUUGCCGGAAGAGUAAACCUGAUAUCAGAAACAGAAGCCAAAGGAAUAAAUACAUUCAUUGGAACUUUUUCUCUACCUUCUCUGAUUUUCAUGUCCUUAGCAGAUCUAGAAUUAAGUGAAGUGAAUUGGCUGUUUUUAUUAUCUAUUUUAAUAGCAAAAAGUAUAGUUUUCUUUUCUGUGAUAAUUCUCACUUUGCUAGUCUCUCGUCCACUAAACUAUGGCAAAGCAGGAAUUUUUGCGAUUUUCUGCACACAGAGUAAUGAUUUUGCUAUUGGAUACCCCAUAGUUGCUGCAUUAUACAAAAAUACCCAUCCUGAAUAUGCAACAUACCUAUACCUCAUGGCCCCUAUAAGUUUGGCCAUUCUCAACCCUGUAUCCUUUGUACUGAUGGAAGCGGGCAAAUUGAGAGGUAGAAGGAACUCUGCAGAGCUUCUCUUGAAUGAUGGGGAACUGUCCAAUGCUUCUAACCUCCACAAGCAACGUUGCAGAUUGGCUAUCUCUGUGACAAAAAGUAUUUUUAUGAACCCUAUUAUUUGUAUGACCAUUUUAGGUGUUCUUGGGAAUCUUAUUUUCAAGCAUCAUGUGCCUGUGUAUCUAGGAGGGACAUUACAGGUGUUGGGUUCAGCAUUUUCGGCUAGUGCUUUAUUUUUGUUAGGACUAAGAAUGGUUGGAAAAGUGCACAAACUACGUGGUGCUACUUUAGUGGUGCCAGGCAUAUUAAUUAUGGUUAAACUAAUUGCCUUGCCAUUAGUCACUAGGGAAGUAAUAAGUAUAUUACACUCAGGGUAUAAUGAAUCAGAAACAGUAGAUCUCAGCACAUAUGGGUUUUUGUAUGGCACCUUUCCAUCUGCUCCUACAGUGUUUGUUUUUGCCACACAGUACAGUAUUGACAUAGAUUUGAUCGCUAGUGCGAUGGUGGUGUGCACUUUUGUAAGUGCCCCAUUGAUGUUUGUGUCAGCCAAAAUGAUCACAAUCACGAGCUGUGAUCCUUCAGAAUACAUGAAGCAACUGGAUGCUUUCACUUUUGACAUCAGUAUCAUUGGAAUGAUCUGUUGUAUUUGGGUCAUCGUCGUGUUUAUUCUCACCAAGAAAAUUUGCAGGAUACCGCAUAAAAUCACCACUAGUCUUGUCGUCUCACAGAUGAUUGGUUGUUUAGGUGCUAUCCUAUGGAAUACUUUAGGUGAAAGAGAAGGCUGGGUAGGAUAUGUACAGUUCUCCUUGUUUUGCAUUGGUGUUUAUAGCAGUAGAUUGUGGACAACUAUAUUGGCAGUUACGUUGCUAUUUCUACAGUGUCGCAGUUUGUGCUAUGUCCUCAAUUUGCAGCCUAUUUUCAUCCUAGUUGGUUGGGGUUCACCUAUACUGCUAUCUGUACUAUUGUUGGUGUUUGAUGAAAAAGGUACCAGACCUUUUGAAAAAGGAAACCCCAAUUUUGUAUAUGGAGAUUCUCAAGCUAUUCUUGCUGUUUCAAUAUUGGUACUAUGCUUUAUUGUGACAGUUGGUUGUUUGGUGCUUCAUCAAAGGUACCGGCGACGUUUCGCGCGGUACAAUGAUCUAGCACAGGCAGUGGCUAGUGGUGAAUCUCCUCAUCCUUCGGCCGCUACUACCCCCGAAGAGGCAGAAACUGAAGCAGCUUCAUGUUCAGGACCAAGCACAAGCUGCGAUGUUGCUAAGGUGAAGGACAAAACAUGCUGCAACGUGUUGCCGACAAUUGAAGAAGGGCAAGGUGAAGAAAAUGUCUCUGGUCAUGCAGGUGAUGAACCAUCUAGUCCUGUGCCGGACAUUGAGGACUUGAUCAGUGAUAGUAGUAGAAAUGGUGAAAUUAGAGGCGUAUUGGCAGUUCUUACAGAGGAGGGGAUGAGUCACGCAAAAGAUGGUUUAUGUCCAUCAAGAUUUGGCUGUGCAGGCCAUAAAAGAGACGUAUGCCAUGGUAUUGUCAAACAGUACCAAGAACAAAUUGAUGAUGAUCUCGAAUAUAUUGAAGAAGAACCUGAAUCUCACGAACCUCAAAUAUUGAGACAUACAGUGCUACUAAUUCUGCUACUGUGUUCCAUGUUCGUUGGUCUAGCAUUGGCGAUUUGGACACUAGUAAUGGAACAAAUGUCUGGAAUUUAUGUAGAACUGUCCUUCUUAGACGCCACUUUGAAUUUCGGUCAGAGCAUCAUAGUAUUCGCCAUAUUCGGUCUGAACAGCAAAGAGAUCGUGCUGCCUAUCUUGAAGUACUGGCGUAAACUAUGGUAUGGGGCAAACACCCUCAAUCUGCCAGCUUGGCAUGAGUUGAGCACUGAGACAAAGCACAUUUGCGACCAAUUUGUCACUCAUCAUUUACAGCAUUGUAGGGCGUCGAUCGCUACAGACAGGAGGUGGAGGUUGAAGAUUUACAAGAACGUCUUCACAGGCGAACAGUUCGUAGAUUGGUUAAUAGAGGUAGGUUUGGCUAGAGAUAGAAUUGAAGCUGUGAAUUACGCUAGACAUUUGAUAGAAGGCAAAGUGCUGAAGCACAUCAAUAGUGUGUAUCAUUUCUACGACAGAAAUUUGCUUUAUACGUUCGUAUAAAAUUUUCAUAUUCUCAGUUUAAGUAUGGUCAAGAUAAAUAUAAAUUAAUUACCAAAUGUUAUUCUUUGUCUUCGUUACUUUUUCUACUUAUUACAUGCCAAUUAUAUAAACCUUUUUUUAAUAUUUAAAAGUCAAUUCACUGAUUUUUUGGCUGGCAUUUUACAGUAACGGUUACAAAAGGACACGGGCAUCUAAAUCGCAUUUUAACAUUUAUAAUUUUUAGUGAGAGGUUGUACUAAAUAUGUUGAAUAUUGACAUUGAUUAACGAAUCCAGUAAUCAAUGACAUGGAUUCACAUGUCCCUAGAGUAUUCAAAUAUAUCCUAUAGAUUCAGGUGAAGAUGCUCUAAAUUCUACUUCUGCGAAUCUAUAUGUACUUUGACCAACUUUUAUCAUAACCUGGUGAUUAUUUUAUAUUUUUACAUAAUAUUUUUCUGGUUUACUUUUUACCGUUCUAUAUAUUGUAUUAUUUUACAUAUUAUUUUUAUAUGAAAAUAUGUGAUAUGUGGUUACCAAAAAUGCAUGUAGUUCAUAUAUUUAUUUCAAAAUAUUUAUUACUGCUAGCACAAAGUAAAUUGUGUCAAGACUGGUUUUUAAAAUCUUGCUGAGGUUGAUUGAUAAAAACAAAUUAGCAACCUUUAGUUGUACAGAAUCUGGUGUACAAUGUGAGAUUUCCAGAAAUGCUGUAAUAACAUACAACGACAAUUUGAUAUAUUUUUAUAAGUGUUAAAGUUUGAGAAGUAGUAAUAAGUAUUAGCUGUUAAGCAAGAACCUUUAGAUAAUCUUGCAAACUUCAAACAAUAGCUUAAACAUGAAUGAUACACUUGAACAUUGUAAGAUUAUCUUUGAAAUAUAAGAAUAAUAUUAGAGUGUAGCUGUAGAAUUAUACCUCAACUCAAAAUAUAAAUUAUCAAGAAGUGUCAGCAUUUGCAAUUUUCUAUGUGAUCUAAAUUCAAAAUAAACUCUUUUUGAACGAAAAAGUAUCGAACCUUUGGUCGGCAUACAUAUAUUUAUUGAUUUGGAGGUCAUAAACUUUAAUCCCCUUUAAAGUAGUCUUCUUGGUGAUGCACACACUUCUCCCAGCGGUUCUGCCAUUUUUGGAAACACUCCUGGAACGCAGUUUUUGGAAUGGUGUUUAGCCGGUCCGUCGCAUUCCGCAUGAUGUCUUCGCCGGUCCGUCGCAUUCCGCGUGAUGUCUUCGCUUGACUCAAAUCGGAUCCCUUUCAGCGGCACUUUCAGCCAAAAGUAACACGGAGCUAUAUGGGGUGAGUAUGGAUCAUGACGAACCACAGGAAUGUUGUGUUUGGCUGAAAGUCUGAAUUAAAUGCGAAUAAUAAGUAUGGUUCGAUACUUUUUGAACACUCUUCGUAUAUUCAAUCUUUAACUUUUAAUAAUUUCUAGGUCAGUAUUAUGCAAUUGCUGUAACUUGUAAUAUUUUAUAAUUUCAAUGGUUGUAGCACAACGGAGGUAUAUGUAUUGCUUUGUGAUAUAUUAAGCAUAUCUGUCUACAUAAUGAUCCUAACAUUUUUGAAUCUUCACCAGCCGUUUUGCAGAAAAUAAAAUACAGCAGUUGUUUGAGAUCAUUUUAUGUUUCAGACGAAUAUAUUAAGCAUUAUAGUAGUACACAUCUUACAUCAUGAAUUACUACUAGCAGUAUUAACAAAAACAAAAAAUAUCGUAUUUAGGAAACAAAGUAUAUAGCUGGCAGUCAUCACUGUAUACUUUUCUGAACAAGAUUGACAUUCAGAAUAUGGUAUGUCCUAUAGUAUGCUGCUAUUUAGUUCUUUCAUGGUCCUCUGAAAGCCGAUUUGUCUCGAGGAUACAAGAUGGAAAGGACUUUAGCAGAAACGAGAUUGAGAAUAUGUGGAAUCCAUUUACAUAUAUUUUGCCAAUUGAAUGUUAUUGUAGUUUCGUGUUCUGUGUCAUCCUAAAACUGUGUUCUCGCAGAGCGUCGCACGCUAGCGUGAUCCUCGUGUUUGUGGAAUUGCAUCUGUCUGCGACUGCAAAAUUGCGUUCCUCCCAAAUUUCUUCAUGCAAGUAUCGAGUUUCUGACCCCACAAAGCUUUUUCUUUUAUUUUUUUUUCGCUAACAUAUCACUAAAAAUCUGAACUCAACAGUUCAACUACCAAUCAGAAGCUCCAUUGCUGGGUCGGCUUCAUGAAAUAAACUAAACACUUGAUCGUUAUAUCUACCCACGACCCACGAUGGUGCCUCCACUCUCCACUCAAGGUGAAAGUCAAGAAAGAGAGAUUGCCCGUGAGACCAUAGCGUAACACAAGUGGUUUUUCAGAGGUCAUUAAAGUACAAACGUUCUUAUCAAUAAGCUACUGAGACAUAUUUUUUGAAUGGAUUCGUCUAUUGAAACGGUUUUUGCUGAGGCCCAGUGAAUCUGUUUAAAUUUUGAUGAGAAUCUUGAAGUGUAUGUAAAAUUUUCGGUGAACUUUAGAACAAAUCGAACAAAUAUUAAGUAUAGGAAAAUGUUUGUGCAAAAGUGUUGUUAUUGAUCUGGAAUAAACUUAUGUGUUGUUGA